AUGAACGGAGUACACACACCCACGGCAGAAAGCAUCCCCUCAUCGCCGCCACCAACCACGAUCGAUAAAGAAACGUCGAGAUCGCCAAUACCACCAUCAGAUCCAAAGCCGGACAAUGACCCGAACUUGGUGGAGUUCGAUGGUCCAAACGAUCCAUAUCAUCCGCAGAAUUGGGGGCUGGGUGUACGAUUGAGGACGACGGCGUUGUAUGGGUGUACGACUAUGGCUGCCGCGUUUGGAUCGUCUGUUUUCUCGGCUGCAGAACCUGAGGUUGAGGAGUACUUUGGUAUCUCAUCGGAACUUGGUACGUUGGGGUUGUCGUUAUAUAUUCUUGGGUGGGCGUUGGGUCCGCUGUGUUUCGCGCCGUUAAGUGAGUUGUACGGACGGCGAAUAGCGAUUCUGCCUCCGUACUUUGUUUACGCUAUCUUUACGGCUGGUACGGGAGCAAGUCAGACAUAUGCAGCGGUAUUGGUAACACGAUUCCUGGGCGGUAUAUGUGCCUCAGCGCCAGUCGCCAUUGUCGGUGGAGCCAUGGCGGAUAUCUGGACUCCAGCAAAACGCGGUGUAGCAAUCGUCUUUUACUCUUGGGCAGUCGUCGGGGGUCCAUUUCUGGGUCCAUUGAUUGGUGGAGCGUUGAUCGUGUCUGGACAUAGCUGGCGAUGGACGAUGUGGUUUACAUGCAUGCUCGCUGGCGGAAUUGCCGUUCUGGUCUUUUUCUUCGUGCCGGAGUCGUAUCCGCCUGUGUUGUUGGUUCGGAAGGCAAAGGCGUUGAGGAAAAGUGGGGAAAACCCACACGCUUACGCGAAACACGAGUCGGCGGGGUUGUCAUUCCAUGAUAUUGUCGUUACGCAUCUCGGUCGUCCACUACGGAUGUUAUUCCUCGAGCCGACGGUUACGUCGAUGGCGGUCUAUGCAUCGUUUUGCUAUGGGUUGCUUUAUAUGCUGUUUGGUGCUUUUCCCAUUGCGUAUCAGGAGAUUCGCGGGUGGAAUCCGGUUGUUGGGGCGCUUCCGUUCUUGGCGGUGUUCGUGGGUGUGAUUAUUGCGGGUAUUGGGACUAUCACAUUGGGUGCUAGUUAUUAUCGUAGCGUGACACGCAAGAGAGGAGGUGCUGUCCCCGAAGGACGUCUGCUGAUGAUGAUGAUUGGCGCUGUGUUACUACCGGCCGGCAUGUUCUUCUGGGGUUGGACCUCAAACCCAUCAAUUAGCUGGGUGCCCAACAUCAUCGCAGCAGGCCUCAUCGGCUGCGGCUUCAUCUCCAUCUUCCAACAAGCAAUCAACUACCUCAUCGAUGCCUACACAAUCUACGCUGCCUCCGCCGUCGCCGCAAACACCGUUCUCCGCUCCCUCCUCGGCGCUGCAUUCCCUCUCUUCGCGGACCAGAUGUUUCAUAACCUGGGUGUUCCGUGGGCGGCGAGUUUGAUUGCGUUUAUUUCAGUUGGAAUGAUUCCGAUUCCGUUCUUGUUUUUGAUUUAUGGGGAGAGGAUUAGGGGGAUGUCGAAGUUGUGUAGGCAGAUCAAGGAGGAGGAGGAGAGGCGUGGGAGGAAGGAUGAGAGGGGGCCGGGUGGGGAUCAUCUAGAGUUGCACCAGCAUCACUCAGCGGUGUAG